AUGAGUAGGUCUCGAAUGGACAGGGAGAAGGAACGUGAUAUUACGGAGAAGUAUGCCAUAGGAGUGGCCAAUCCGAGUAAACUGGGGAACGAUGUGGGCCAGUUCGAUGCCCGUCUGUUCAACCAGCCACAAAUGUGGCAUUACUAAGGGUAGGGGGUUGAUACGGGGUUUAACGACGGGGAUGACGAGGGGUAUGAUAUUUACGACAAGCCGUGGAGGACUGAUGUUGCCUCGCAGAUAUAUCGUCCGUCCAAGUCGGCUAUUGACAAGGAAGUCUAUGGAGACGAACUGCAAAAGCAAAUACAAACCAAUCGGUGCUCUUUGUGUGGUAUUUUUAGUUUUGUGCCUGAGAGAGGCUUUAAGGGAGCUGACAGAGAGGCGAGGGCUGAUGGUGGUCCUGUUCAGUUUGAGAGGGAUGAUGAUCCAUUUGGUCUUAAAAAGUUUCUAAGUGAGGCCAAGUCAAGUGGUCGUAAGCGACCGACUGACGACACUGGGGAAUCGACUUCAAAACGAACAUAAUAUUGCUUUAUUCUUUUGUUGUU